GACUGAUCUGCUUGGAAGCAGUAGAGUUUGUGACGUCUAUUGCUGGUGGUAAACCUCUAUCUAGCUCGCAAGGUGCCAUAUUUGAGCUGUAUGUCGUCGUCGGAAGAGCUUCUCAACGCAUUUCGUUAUACGUCAUGGGCCUUGGGUCGCGUAGACCUUUCUCAGUGCGUACUACCACCCAAAGUCCUACAAUUUAAGCAGCGAAGCCGCCCCACGCGAUUGCAGCAGAAGCAGCUCCGAACAACAUUUCUCGACCUCCUUACUUAACCAUAUCAACUGAGAGUUCUGAUCACUGCUAACGAUAGUCUAGGCGCAAAGUGGCGUUCGCUUCAGCCACAGCACCGCAUAGUCGAUGAGGCCCUGCGGGAGGUACUCGAGCUGGACAUUGUUCCGCGCACGGGAAAGCUUCUAGUGGAAUUAUCGGAUUUACUGCAGCGUCCGGCCCUACCGCAGCCGCCUGGCAGCAAUGGGGUUGCAAGCGAAAGAGGUAUGGGUUCGGACGCCUCCACCUCUGACGACACCUCUUCCUCGAUGGCAACGGGCCAAGUCAAAGUCUUCCACCUCAUCCACCUGUACUACAUGGUCGGGUUGGCGUACGCGCUGCUUCAAACCCUAUCCCUCUGUACUUCAGUUAUGGCGGAUAACGUACUCCCUUCCGCCAGUGCUGAGGCCAAGCAACGCCGGUUGUACGAGCAGCUCUGCGAUGUCACCCUCGAACGCGCCAUGACCGCUGCCGUACGCUUCGUCCAGUCGGAGGUCUGGCCGGUGCUGGCAGAGCAGCAGCGUUUGGAGCAGCCGCCAGCCCUGGCACCUGCAGCAUCAGCGGCUGUGUCCAACAGGAGAGGCCAGCAGGCGCGACCCGGCUCAAAGGGCCAGCAGGCGCCCGCUCAACCACCGUCAUCACCAUCACCCCUGUCACCCGCAGCUGUCGUACUUCACGCCGCGAAGGAGGUGCUGAGUUCGGAUGAGCUGGCGUCAGUGCUUCUAGACCUUUCAGAAUCAGCAUUCAUCCUGAUGGGCAGGGCGGCAGCCGUCACACGCAGCCUUACCCAGCCCAUCGGCCGCCUGCCCCUACCUUUCGACUUUUACACGCAUGGCUUGGGUUUUUUCCGGCACCUUCGGCAGGCGCAGCAACUGAAACCGGCGCUGCGUCAACGCAACGCCAUAUCAGCCAUUUGCAGUGCUUUGCUGGCCGCACCGCCGCCCCGACUGCAUGUGACUGCACCCUUACCGGAACCCGUCCACAAGGUCUGGUCGGUAGCUGAACACCUGUACGAGUCCGUCCUGGACGCGUGUAUGGCCAGCAUCUUUCCCCUGCUCUACUCCGCUGAGCCGGGGCCAAACGAGAACGCCAUGUUGGAGGUCCUGGCGGUUCCCGAGGUGGUGGCGCUGCAGCGAGGGCUGCUGGAGCGGGUCAUUGAGGAUGCAGGCGGUGGUGGUGGCGGUCAGGAUGCGUUGAGCGGCGGCGGCAGCGGGGAUCAGCGGAGGUUCGGGAUCGGCGGCGGCGGGGACUCUGGGACUGGCGGCGGCAGCAGCACCAGCAGCUCCUGGCCGCUACUAGACUGCGCACUGAAGCCCGACGGCACCAUAGGCCGUGCGAUUCCCACCAUUAAGGGGGACGAUGCGCCGGGAGUCACACGCAUGACGACGAUGGGCUUGGUGCUGAAGUUCUGGAGGGAUCUAGACCGGGCCCCGCUGCUGCACUCCGCGGCUCCCAGCCCGCCCGAGCGCAUGCGGCUUGCGCUGCGGCUGAUGCGGACGAUACACCUGGCAUGUGACCGUGGUGCCGGCGGCCGGUACGGUGCGGAGCCGGCGGCCAGUGCAGCACCCCCUGGAAAACUGCAGCAGUGCUUGCCCAUGAUAAUGGAGGGCGUCAUUGCGGACAUAGCCGUCUGUGUGAACGCGGAGGGGUUCGGCAUGGAGGUCGGUGUUGUGCUUGACGCGCUCGAGGCGUGCGUCUGGGUCCUGUCGGUGGCGAACAGCUUGCUGGCGAUGAGCUGCCAGCAGGGCGACUGCGGGGUGGCAUAUUCUGACCUGCUGACAUGCCUUGGGCGGGUGCCACUUUGCUUGAAUAAACUCGCCGAGGCGUCGUUACCACCUGACGCAUGCCGCAGCCUGGCGUCACGUCUGGGCCGCGCACACCUGCUGCCUGUCUUAGACGCCCUGCUCCGCCGCGUUGCCGCGUCUCCCGUAGCCAGGACUGCUAGCGCUUCGGCAAACGGAAACGCGGAUGCAAUCCGUCAGUUAGUCCUCGUGUUGAUGUGUGCUCAUACGAUAUUAGAUCCCCUGCUGGGAGAGGUGGUUCGGGAGAGCUGGGAACGGCAGUUAGGGCUGACGGCAUCGGAAGAGGGAGGCGGCGACGCCGGACCGGGCUGUGGCGACUGCGGCAAGCGCCAGCAAAGGCGACUUGACGAUGCUCAGAGCGACCCAUGGGACACUAAGCGGGAGCUCGGAUUCUUCAUCACGCUCAGCAAGCUGGCGCUGCGAGAGGCGGCUGGUCUGGACACGUCCUGCCAGAAACCGGAGGGCCUACAAUCCCUCACGGCUUCAGGUCUAGGCACGGUUGCGGACUGCGUGGCAGGCUGUUUAACGGUUGCGGACUGCGUGGCAGGCUGUUUAACGGUUGCACUGUGCCCUGCCAGGGGCCUGCUGGAGGUGUGGGAGCGCCCCCCACCCGGCCUGCCUGCCUCCACCGCCGCCCGCCUGACGGAGGUGCUGACGCUGGUGACCCGGGCGGCAUGCGUGCUGGCGGUGCCGCUGCUGCUGCGGGCGGCGGAGACGCUGGGUGGGGUACGACAGGACCCGGUCAAGGUCGGGAGGGCCCUGGGUCUCGCCUACUGCUGCCUGCAAGCCCUGGCGUCGCUGUACGGCAAGGUACCGGCGGCGGCGCUGCUGGCGGCGCAACCGCAUCGGCUGUUGGCGGCGCUGGGGGUGAUGCUGGGCCGCAUGGGGGCCGCCGAGGGCGUUCAGUCGGCGGCUGCAUCCUCCGAGGCGUCAGCAGACGUCUGGAAGCAAUGCCUUAUCAAGGUUGACAUAGCUUUGCUGCGAGCAUGGAGGCUGCUGGCUUUGAUGGCGGUGGGGACAAGUGGAGAGGAGGGCAAGGGCGCAGAUGCUUCAGGGGGCUCGGCAGGUCCGGCUGUGUCGCUGCGUGCGCAUGCGUUGGCCCUGCUGGGCUGGCCGGCGGCGGCGGCAGGUGUGACGGCUGCUGCUGGUGCGGCGUUGAGCCGCGCUGGUGCGAUGCUGCUGGAGGGGCUGGCGGGCUGGGAUACGGCGGAGGCACGUGCGCUGCGGGCGAUAUGGCGGGCGGCGGCCGCAGCGGAUGGGGGUGCGCUGCUGGACCGGGUGGGGCUGCGGCUGCGGAGCGACGAGGCAGGGG